AUGGACUCGCCGCGCGACGAGCGCAAGGCGCGCAUCGCGGUGGAGCGCGCGACGGCGCUGGCGGAGCUCGCGACGACGCACGGGUGCGAGUCGGGCGCGAUCGGCGACGUGCGAUGGGUCGGCGACGCGUACGUCGCCGCGUCGGACGCGUUCGACGCGGCGACGACGACGAGCGAUUUGACAUCGCCGACGGGCUCGGGCCGACCGCCGCCGCCUCUGGCGCGACUCCCGACUGCUGGAGUGCCCACCGGGGUGCCCACGCCGAGUGGGCGCCCCGGCGCAAACGGUGUGCCGACGUACGACGCGUCGUCGUUCCGCGCGCCCGCGUUCGUCAACGCGCACCUGUCGCCGCGUCGAUCGCCGUGCGUGAUUCGCGGAUUGAUGCGACAUCAGAAGUGGAGCGCGGCGGAGACGUUUCCGGACUUGGAGUGGCUGCGAUCGCACCACGGCGACGCGCUGGUGCCAGUGGAGAUCGGCGUCGCGAGCGCGGACGGAAAGCGCGCGGUACCCCGAAUCGAGCUGACGCGACUGGCGACGUUCCUGAACGACCACUUCGCUGACGCGACGACGCCGCGCGACGACGUGGCGUACGUGUCGCAACACAGCCUAUUGCAUCAGCGCCCGGAGCUUCAGCGCCACUUCGCGGUCCCAGAGUACUGCGUCGGGAGGCUCGCGGCGGCCAACGCGUGGAUAGGGACCGCGGGGACGAUCACCCAUCUCCACACGGACGCCGCGGAUAAUAUUCUCACGCAAGUCGCGGGAAUUAAAUCGGUGCGGCUGUACUCGCCGGACGUCGGCGAGGCGCAUCUGUACCCGGAACGGCGCGGCGGGAACGGCGCGGUGAACGCGUUCUCGCCUAUCGACCCCGACGACGCGAACAGCCCCGAGCUGCUCUCGAGGUACCCGAAGUUUGGCGAGAUACCGGAGGAGGAGAUCAUGGACGUGGAGCUCGGCCCGGACGAUUCGCUGUUCAUUCCGAAGGGAUGGUGGCACCGCGUCGUCGCGAGGACGCCGUCGUUCAGCCUCAACUUUUGGUUCUGACUUCUCCGUGAUCAUCGCCUCCAACACGCUGACGUCGGGAUGAACUCCGGCAGAUCCGCGAGGUACAUCACCUUCGCGAACAUGGCGCAGCCGUCGACUUUUCGCUCGACGCCCGCGCCGGACAUGUCGCUGACGUCGCGCAUGAUGAUGCCGUACUUCUUCACCAUCCGCUCCCCGGUCUCGAGCAGCACGGACUUCAUUAUCUCCGCGUCGAGGUCGCACGCCGCCUUGAGCGCGAGCGCGUCCGCGAUGAAAUCCGUCGUGAACGGCUCCUCGUUGAGCUUAUACCGGAGGUACUUUCUGAAAAUCUCCGGCGGCGCGAAUCCCGUCUUUCCUUGCAGCCCGCGGAUGUGCCCCCGCGUCAGCGAGUCGCGGUUCUCCGGGAAGAAGUCGCGGAGACGCUCGACGACGACGACGUUCUUGUUCACCUGCCGCUUCCGCUUCGACCGCGUGCUGUUGUACCGCAUGUA